AUGCUAGGGCUGAAUCUGAUAGGAAGGAAGAAACUUUCUCUCUUCUUUCUUCAUUUAUUUGGAGUUUUAAAGAUAAGACUCUUCCGAAAGCGGAAUCAUAUUUAUACCUGGGGUGGUGAUAUUCCGGAACCAAUUCAGAAGUUUUCCGACAUUGAAAAGAUUCCAGAGGGUAUUCUUCAUAAUCUAAAGGAAUUUGGCAUAACAGAACCAACUCCAAUUCAAAAUCAGGCUAUACCUUUGAUGUUGGAGAAAAGAGAAUUGCUUGCUAGUGCUCCUACAGGAUCUGGUAAAACACUUGCUUUCGCUCUUCCCAUUAUUCUUGAAGUGUUACGUUUAAAGCGUUUGCGGAGACACCAAGAUAAGAAUUACCUUAUUGCUGUAAUCUUAGAGCCGACAAAAGAACUUGCGAAACAAGUCUAUGUGCAGUUCUUGAAAUUUGUUCAAGGUUUUCCUGUCAAAUGUGCUGUACUAGAAGAUAACAGUAUCUUUGAUGACGGUAAUAGUGACUUUUCUGUUAAUAUACUAGUUUCUACUCCGAAUCGUUUGAAUUUUGCUUUGGCGGAAAAAUCGUGUAGGGUUCUUAGCAAAUUAAAAUGGCUAAUUAUCGAUGAGGGUGAUCGACUGUUUGAAACUACAGAAGGGGAAGAUCGAUGCUUUAGGAAUCAACUUGCUAAAGUCUACCAGGCGUGUAAACGUAGUAAAUUCGUGCAUCAUGCAUUCUUUAGUGCCACUUAUUCAUAUGAAGUUGAAGACUGGUGCAAGACUAAUUUGGAUAACUUAGUAGUAGUUUGUGUUGGCGCUAGAAAUUCUGCAGUAAGCCUUGUAAAGCAGGAACUUGUGUUUGCUGGCAGUGAGCAAGGAAAAGUAACGAGCUUAUGUUCCUUAUUUCGUGAAGGCUUUGAGCCUCCAGUUGUCGUCUUUCUACAAAGUAAGGAUCGUGCAUACCAACUUUUUUCUGAAAUCCAGAGUCGUCGGCCAGAUAUUCCCGCAGCAUUAAUCUCUAGCGAUGUGGAUGAAGGAAAGGCAAUAUGUUUUACUAGAGAAAUUUCUAUAGAGCAGUUCCGUGAAGGCAAGAUUUGGGUACUUAUUUGCACUGACUUGAUGGGUCGUGGUCUUGAUUUUCGAGGUGUGAACCUUAUUAUAAAUUUUGACCUUCCAACUUCAGUUAUCAGCUACAUCCAUCGUGUGGGCAGGGCAGGACGAGCUGGGAGACCAGGGCGAGCUGUCACUUAUUUUACAGAAAGCGAUUUACAGCUAAUAAGACCGAUUGCCACAGUCAUCAAGCAAGCCGGAUAUCCUGUCCCUGAAUACACUCUGAGGAUGCCUAAAGUGCCUAGGUAUGCAUAG